AUGAGGAAGUAAGGGACUCUUCUAAACUGAGUGCAAAGAACUAGUCUCUCUUUUUGUUUCUUGCCUACUUUUCUCAUCAUGGUGUUCUAAUAGCAGCAGUAUAAAAUUAGAUGGAUUGAUUGAAUCCUGACACAUGCAGUUUUUAUUUUUUCAGACUAGAAAGCCUUUUCUCACUAAUUUUGAGCUUAUUUGGAAUACUGCUUUUGGCUUUUUCCAACAGGAAAUAAAUCAAUUCAAAGUUCUUGGUGUCCUCAUCUGCAAAAGAGCAAAAAGUAAUACAAUGGAACCAGACUUUUUCACUGCUUUUGCACAGCCCAGUGUGCUUCAUCAUUCGCCACUUAAGAAUGAUGCCAUUCAAGGAGAAAAGAGGAAAUUCAUAAAUCCUACCUCCUGCAAUAACCCUAAGCUGGAAGAACUACAAAUGCUCUUGAUAGAUUGGAUUAACACAACCCUGAAACAGGAACACAUAGUAGUGAAAAGCCUGGAAGAAGACCUGUUUGAUGGGCUGAUACUUCAUCAUCUCUUAGAAAAACUAGGAUCUCUCAGGCUGGAUGUUGAGAAGAUUGCACUGACGGAAAAAAAACAGAAACAUAAACUUGCCGUUAUUCUGGAAGCUGUGGCCCAAAGUUUACAACUAGAAGAGAGCCAGCUGAAAUGGAGUGUUGAUUCUAUCUUCCAGAAGGACUUACUGAGCACAUUGUGUCUUCUGAUUGCAAUAGCAAAGCAUUUCCAACCUGAUCUGCCUAUCCCUUCAAAUGUUAGUGUGGAAGUAAUAAUCAUUGAGCGUACCUUAACAGGAUUAAGGACAGAAAAUGCAGUGGAAUAUAUCACAAAGAACAGGUAAGGGAAGAAACAUUUUUCAAAAGCUGAUGCCUUUGAUGAAUUAUUCACACAUGCACCGGACAAACUGGAUGCUGUGAAAAAGGUGCUUUUGCAAUUUGUCAACAAGCAUGUGGCAAUUAGAUUAAAUGUGAUGAUGCUGAAUCUCAGAUGGAGUUAUCUUGCUUUGUUAAUUGGACAGCUUGGGGGGUAUUUCCUGAAUUUAAGGGAGUUCUUCCUGACCCCAAAUUGUGCUACGGAAAUGCUUCACAAUGUUAACCUUGCAGUGGCUUUGCUCGAUGGAGGUCUUCUAGAGUUUCCUGUCAAUGCUGAAGAUGUCGUGAACAGAGAUAUGAAGUCUACAUUGCAGGUUUUGUACUGCUUGUAUUCCAAAUACAAGACCAAAGAAACAUGAAGAGUGAAACCAAGAACUAGAUUUUCUUGCUAUCAUAUUCUGGGUUUAAUUUUCAAUCCCUAGCUGUAUGUUUGCCACUUUGCACAUGUCCACACCCAAUAUGACACUUGUUGCAUUAAUAUGCUUUGAAGAGCAUGUAUGCAUGCAAAGUUGCAGUUAUAUAACUUGCACUAUCUAUAAUAAAAGUGUAUGUGUAUUCAGGGACCAGUGUUUUCUGCUGUUCCCUGGCUGGGAAUUUUGCCACAGAACAGAAUCCACCCCUUGCUUCAUCUAAGGCCCCAAAAAGCUGUAAAGACUAGUCAAUGUGCUUACCCCAGCCCCUGGCUUCAACCCCUGGCUUUUUUACCAGAGAGGAAGCUAGAAGUCAUUUUUAGAACUUUGCACCUGUACUUGCACUGAGGUGGCUGCAGCACCAUGAUGGAAUUGGAGUCCAUAAGGGGGCUUGAAGCCCAUAAUCUAAUAACUCCUAUACUACGUUUUCAGGCAGGAUGAUGAGGAUAAUAAUUUUUAAAAGUGGCUAAUGAUAUGAAACUUGGCAAGAUGUGAAAUGUCUGAAAAAAUCUGCUUGCUUGCCUGCCUGCCUCUUAAAAUACAUUUACAUUGGAGAGAUUGAGAACCCUAUGCAGGCCAUCCACUGUACACUAUUGUGGAUUUCUCCCAGUCCUCUGCACCUCCUACAAAACCAUGAAAGAGCCCCCUUAUUUGCCCUUUAAUCUAGCAUAAGAUUGUGGCCUACUGCACCCCUCUUCUCCCUGCAACUCUUGUGCACCUACACAUGGCCAGCCUGAAUACUAGUCUCUGCACUACCUAAGUGCAAGGGGAGAGGCUAACGUAACUCCACCUUCCCCCUUACAAGGGUGCAUGGGAGGCUGGGUUGGGUGGCUCAUUCUAUGCCUCUAACACUCAGAGUCCAGCACUAACGGGAGUUUAUAAAACCUGUUUUUAGCUGCCAGUUCUUGAUUGUGGAGUCUGAAAGAGAUCCUUAGAUGGCAAUAUUGAUAAAUCUUCAAGUUCUGGCUUUGACAAGUUAUAAUUAUGCAAAACUACUAAAGAGAAGAGUUCCACAAACUGCCAUGAACAUCGUAAUCCCAUUUGCAUUGGCAAUAAUUAUCAAGAUACAUUUUACAAAGGAAAAUCCAAUGUUUGGUGCCAAAAAGUUACCAAAAAAGAGCAUCCUGCUUCAGUAGUAAAAGUUAAAUAAAUAGCUAUUCCAAAAGAUUUGUAUCUGAUGUACAUUCUUAGGGUUAUCUCAUGUAUGAAUCUGUGAAGGUAUCUUGUGUUACUCUCCUGGUGGGCUCCAAACAUCUGAUGGGGGAAGAACUUAAAAGUUUGUGUUCUUUAUUCACUGGUACUUUUACCAGAACAUUACAUGAAGAUUAGAACACUGAUAGAUUACUGAGAAUAAAGAAAUAGAAUGUCCGUCACAGAGGGAUUUAAUGACUCUGGGGACUGGUACUAUGAUAUAGGUACAGGCUUUUGCUAUUAAGUAAUUGUUUAGAAUCCAGCCCAUGUUGCUAGUGACUGGAAGUCAUUACUAGAUGAUGUAUAUUUCGUGGCCUAUGUGAAAUGAGUUGGUGAUCUCAGUCCAGUUAGCUAGGCAGUAGUCUGUAUCACACAAAUGACCCUUUCCUACUUUUAACAUCCCUAUUUUACAGAUGGAGAAAAUGAGGCACAGAAAGGUUAGCAAGUUAGUGCAGAGACCAAGAAUAUGACCCAUCAGUGCUGGCUCACAAUCCCUUCCUCCAGGAAGCACACCUUCAAAUUUUCCCUUUUCUUUUCUCCAAAACAUGUCUGUCCAUUAACCAUGUCCCCUCCGUCACCAGUUCAAGAGUGCAAUUCCCGCAGCUGAUCACAUAAAAGCUCUUCAAAUGUGUUAUUCUGAAAUGAAUGAAGGAUGCUCCCUGUCUUGAAAAUUGGAGAUGGUCCUGAUUUUGGAACAUUUUGCACUCUUUCAUAAAAGGGAAGUUCCAAUAAAUAAUGGAAUGGAAGGUGGGGGUGGAGGGAAGGCAAAUAUUUAGAUUUCAUCUCAUAGCAUUUAAAAUCUUGUGGUCUGAUCCUCAGCUGGUGUAAAUAAAUACAGCUCUUUUGAGAACAAUGGAUCAAUUUAUGCCAGAUAACUAUCUAACUCCUGAAUAGGUGGAUGGACUAUGUUCUCCUUUCCACCUCAUGUUCUCGUAAUCCCUUUUGUAAUGAGUAAUCUUUUUAUUUUUACUGUAUGUUUUCAAAAGGAUGAUGACUAAUGUGGUUGAAUCAGUAACUUUAAAAUAGAGGUUGAAAAUGAAUAUUUGAAUGUGUCUUUCACACUUUGAGCCAAUUCAUAAUGUGUAUGAUGUCUUGGAAUACUUUGAUAAGCAUGGGUCUGAUCAUAAAAAACCUAUGUCUGAUUCAUAAAGCAUAGUAAUCCAUCAGACAGCUACCCAUUCCAUAAUUUCCUAGAGAAGUAUGUACAAGUGCACUACCUAUGUAUGGAACAUAGUCAUAGAUUUGUCAUGGGUUGAUUAGUAAAUACAGAGUGACAGUGCUAAAGCACAUAUUCCAUCAGCAGGGAACUGUGGAAAGGAGAAUUAUUUAUUAUUAUUCUAAGAUGUUAUUUGUGCCUGGCACAACCAGGACAGACUUGUUCCCUUUUUUCUCUUAUGAUUAUCAGUCAAUAGAAGAAAAACAAGCCUGCUUGUUCUGUAUUAACUGUUAAAUGUAUCGUGACAUUUUAAGUAUACCAUGAUAUGUCCAUAUUGAGGCAUUCAGUUGCCUUGCCAUAUAAUUAAAUAUACAAAUGAAACUGUUGUGUAAUUUUUAAAUCCUAGAAAUUAAAGCAUUCCCUAAGGGGAGAAUUGGGUGUGCUACUAGAAUUCUAAUCUAUUCUGUUUUCAUUACACCAUAUAAGUAGGCAUAUAAAUUGAAUUAUGAUGGGUUGAAGACUGGCAAGUAUUUCUAAGGAGCCAAUGGCUCUGAGUCUAUCAAAUAAUUUUAGAAGACAGAAAAAAUAUUGCACUGUGCUAUUAAAUAUUCAACAGGUGAUCCAAGAUGCUGCUAGUAGGGUGAAUGCUAAACAAUUCACCCCAUGCAAGGUGUUAUCAGCUUGUUAUAUUGUCCUCAUUUUAAAGAUAGGUACACUGAGGCAGAGAAGUGACUUGUAAGUAGCUACACAGUGAGCCAUCAGUGAAGACUGAGCAGUACUGACAGGGUCCUAAGCCUCACUCCUACACUUAUUCCUUUAGGUUGUAUUGUCUUUCAAGCAGAUGUACUGUCUAGCAGACAGCGGAAGAGAAGAGCAGCACUGGGAAGAGAAUCUCUGAGGACAGGAAUGUUGGCAGCAGGCCCAGUUACCCAACGCGCACUCAGUGCACUUGCACAAGGCCCCCAUCUUGUGGCAGCUGGGACUUGUGAGCCAGGAAAGGGGCAGGGCAUUGUAGGGGGUGAAGGGCAGAGGAGGGUUCCCUCUGCCUCGUGUGGCAAAGCCCACAGGCUGGAGCAGGGAAUCAGGCCAGACCCAUGGGACAGGAGCCUAUGGGUGAUUGCAGCCAGGCAGGCUUACUUUCCAACACCUCAGGGGCCUCCAUCCUAUGGGGCAGGACCUUAAUGUCUCCCAUCCCCCCCAGGGGCAGAGAAGAUGCGCAGAGGCUUGAUUUCCAUUGUGCAUAGGGCCUCAAAAUUCUUUAAUCCGGGCACUGGCUGGCAGGAGGCCUGUGGAAAGAAGCACUGAUGGAAAGGUGGAGUUACUGUGAUGCACUGAUUGUAAGCUUUAAGCACAGGAUACAGUGCAGGUCCAAAAGCAUCUAGACUUGUUAUAGAAUCAAAAGGAAAACAAAUAGGCAUAACUAAUUUGAAUACAGCAGGCUCUGUAAAACUCAUAAGAUCGGGAUUCCUGGCCCUCUACAAGACAGGAAUUCAAUCAUCUUUCCUAAGAGCUACUUCCUAUGGGACUCCUUAAUCACUUCUGAACUCCCCAGUGUGGGGACAAACUGCAAUAGAAACCUCUCCCAGCAUGCUUUCCAGGUAGCUGGCCCUUUAAAUUUGGGAGCAACAAGCAGCUGUAGUCCUAAAAUGACCAUUAUAUGUUUGACUGCUGAAGGCAAGCACCUCUUUUCCUUCUGGAGUAAGUAUUCUUUUUUCUCCUUUUCUAAUUCUUGAAGAGAUGGUUUGUCCCCAGAGUUACCUGCCACCACCUCGUUAGCAACGAGGCUUUAAACCUUAGACAUCAGUUUAUCAAAGUUUCCCUUCCCCCUGAAUUCAGAAGAAAGAUACAACUUCAUUGCUCUAAGGACUAAUAGCUGUUCUGAGUUUUUGCAUGCUUUAUUUUUCAAGGAAUUUAUUUCAGAAUUAAAAAUAAGUGGUGAUAUUAUUAGGGAGGCUGCAGAAAACAAAGCAGAAGAAAGGCCUUGCUACAUGGUCUCCUCUAUUGAUGCAGAGGUUGGUGGAUCUCACACGGAAGCUCAGAUUUCCAGAGGGGACACAAAGAGAGAGAGAGAGACUAGACUGGGGAUUGAAGUGAAUCAUAAUUCAGGAGCAUCGCUGAAGAUUAAAACCCAAGGAGAUCUUUUUCAGCCAGCAGCCCAGUGACUGCAGGCUCCCAAACUUGGGUUUUCUCUCACCCCAUUAAAACAAGUGUGUCCUGAGCCCCUCAACUUCAGCAACUAAGCAAAGUGGAAGACUUUAAGGAUUUCAUCCAGAGACAUUUCUAGAGAGCCUUUCUCAAAUUAAAAUCUAUGACAUCUCACCCAGCUAGGUGGAAAAGACCCAUAGCCUCUGAAAUUAUAUGAAACAAGCUUUUAUGAUGGACUUCAUAUUACUUUAAUGGUGGUGAAUGUAAUUGGCUGAACACCCUUUGAGACUGAAGCCCCCAGUUUACCACCAGGACACUUAAAGCUCAGGUAAUGGCAGUGCAAACUCCCUUCCUGAUGCCCUAGAAAAUGAAUGUACCUCAAAUCAGUAUUGGUGAAUCCAACUAUUUACUUACCUACAGGAAUAGCCCCAGUAAUGGACUAGUUGGAAUGAUAAGAAGGCAGUUCUGGCUCAUGCUCCCUUAGUCCUUCAUGGUUCUGAUAAGAUUGCUGACUGGGUGUGUUGUAACAGAUCGCUUUCAAGGGUAUAGAAAAGAAUAGCAUUGUUAUGGAAGUGCUUUGUCUAGGAUGCUUUGCCAUGAAGCUAGAAGGUUGGAAAUUGCUGUUGAAACUCCUUUUCAGUGGAUCCCCACAGCAGGAAUUUUGACUCUGGCCCAUCUCUAAUUGAGAACCCAUGUAAAACACAUACCUUGUACUUUCCACAGAGCAGAUGGUGCAACAGGCUUUACUGACUGCAGUCAGUAAAAUAACAGAUUGUCUAGAAAAGUUUGUUCGCUCUUGGCAGACAGUUGAAUCUAGAGUGAGGCAUGUUGCUUAAGCUUAUUAUACAUUUCAGCAAAAGUGGGCAGCCAGUGAAAUUUUUGUCAUUGGCUUUACUGAAAGCUCCUUAAACUAAAAGAGAGAGAUGUUGGAAAUCGAUUCAUGUUAAAAGAUUUGACCAACUGUUGGAUGUAUGUGUGUGUGCCCCCUUUGGAGAAGACUUGUGGUAUUGUGAGUAGAAAAGACAUUUUUGUAUGUGUGGGACUAAUUUACUUGCCAGACUUUUUUUUAUUUUUUAAGUAUAGUGGAAACCUCUUACUCCUAGUGUGUCAUGUUUCAAAAGUUUGUAAAACCCAUGCUUUGUUUCCAGUAGUGCAUAUGAGAAAACUGAGCUUUCAAAUUUAUUAAAAGUUAAGUCAUGUAUGUAAGCAGAGUCAGGAUGAGCGCUACCCUCACAUCUGGUGGUGAA